AUGCGCUGUAUCCAAGCUCUUCAAACCACCCUCCAGCUCAUCCUGGCCUCGUCCGUCUGCGUCAACGCCUGGAACAGACUGGACAAGGACAAUGCCGCCCUCCUAAUCGUCGACCACCAAGUCGGCCUCGCCCAACUCGUCCGCGACUACAGCGCCAACGACUUCUACAACAACAUGCUCGCGCACGCCGCCAUCGGUACGACUUUCAACUUGCCAGUUGUAAUGACGACUUCCACAGAAGACGGCCCCAAUGGUCCACUCUUCCAGGAGAUUAUAGACAUGCAUCCCAAUGCCACCCUGAUCCGCCGCGAGGGUGAGGUGAAUGCGUGGGAUAACGAGGACUUCCGCAAUGCAGUACGGGCGACGGGGAAGCAGCAGUUUAUUAUUGGCGGGAUUGUUACAGAGGUUUGCACCGCCUUCCUAGCCCUCUCCCUCGCGGACGAAGGGUACGAAGUCUACGCCAACACCGAAGCAAGCGGGACAGCGGACGCUCGCCUCGCCGAGGACGCAAACAGACGGAUGGAGAAAGCGGGCGUGACGCUGAUGGGCUUCUUUGCUAUCGUCGGGGACCUCAUGCGGGACUGGAGGAAUACGCCUGGAACGCCAGAGAUUCUUCCGCCCAUGGACAAAUAUAAUCCCUUGUUUAGGCCUGUAUGGCGUGCCUAUACUGCGGCGAGGGAGAAUGGAACCGUUGAGGCUUAA